AACAAGGAGAGAGCCAAGGGAGGGAGUUUGAAGAACAGAUCAUGCUCUGUCCAAAGGCACUUCCAUUGCUGUUGGCACUCCAUAUGCAGCUGGCCAUGGCCCUUCCAGUACCUUCUGAACUCUCAGAAGAAAAAGCUGCAAAAAUUGUUAAGAACUAUCUGGAGAAGUUCUACCACUUACCAAGUGGCCAAUACCAAUCUGCAAAGAAGAAAGGCGCUAGUAUGAUUACAGAAAAGCUUAAAGAAAUGCAGCGAUUUUUUGGGUUGAAUGUGACGGGGGAGCCAGAUAUGGAAACUCUGGAGAUGAUGGAAAAGCCUCGCUGUGGAGUGCCUGACGGUGCUGGGUUUUUGUUAACCCCUGGAAACCCCAAGUGGAAACACACUGAUCUGACUUACAGGAUCAUAAACUAUACCCCACAGCUGUCAGUGGCUGAGGUGGAAGCCGCCAUUGAGAAAGCCUUUCAAAUCUGGAGUGUGGCAUCACGCUUGACCUUCACCAGGAUCUCACAGGGAGAAGCAGACAUCAACAUUGCAUUUUACCGAAGAGAUCAUGGUGACAAUUCUCCAUUUGAUGGGCCCAAUGGAAUCCUUGCACAUGCCUUUCAACCAGGACAAGGCAUUGGAGGAGAUGCUCAUUUUGAUGCCGAUGAAACGUGGACCCAAAGCUCUAUGAAUUACAACUUGUUUCUUGUUGCUGCUCAUGAAUUCGGUCAUUCCUUGGGGCUUUCUCACUCCUCUGACCCUAGUGCUUUGAUGUAUCCCAACUACGCGUUCAGGGAACCCAGCACCUACACACUCCCUCAAGAUGACAUCAAUGGUAUUCAGGCCAUCUACGGACCUUCAAGCAACCCGAUCCAACCUACUGGACCAAGCUCACCUACAACCUGCGACCCCCGACUGACAUUUGAUGCUAUCACCACCCUCCGUGGAGAAAUACUUUUCUUUAAAGACAAGUUCUUCUGGAGACGACACCCUCAGCUGCGACAAGUCGAACUCAAUUUUAUUUCUCUGUUCUGGCCAUCCUUGCCAAAUGGCAUUCAAGCUGCUUAUGAGGAUUUUGAUAGAGACCUAGUUUUCCUAUUCAAAGGAAGCCAAUACUGGGCUCUGAGUGGCUAUGACAUUCAGCAAGGUUAUCCAAGGGAUAUAUCAAACUAUGGCUUCCCAAGGACUGUCCGAGCUGUUGAUGCUGCUGUUUCCUUUGAAAGAAAGACAUAUUUUUUUGUAAACAACCAAUUCUGGAGGUAUGAUAACCAAAGGCAAUCCAUGGAGCCAGGUUAUCCCAAAAGCAUAUCAAGUACCUUUCCAGGAAUAGAAAGCAGAGUGGAUGCAGUUUUCCUACAAGAUUACUACUUUCUUUUCUUCAGUGGACCAAGAUAUUAUGCAUUUAAUCUUAUUGCUCAAAGAGUUACUAGAGUUGCAAGAAGCACUUUAUGGCUGAACUGUAGAUAAAACUGAAGCAAAAUCAAAUAUGCUCGUAUUCUGAAUAUGGCGGGGAAACCCAACGUGCAUACCACCACUAUAUGUCCUUGUACACUUCUCUCAAUGCUGAACAAUGUUGCUUCUCAUCACUUUUCCUCAUUGAAAAGAUGUUUGCAAUGUUCCACUGUUGGCAGAAGCUGAUUCAGUUUUUCCAUAGUUCAUCUCAGGCUAGUGAAUCCAUCACAAGAGAAGGAAGGCAAGUACUCUUGUCACCUCAGUAUUCAUAAUCUCAUUACUUGUAUAUCUGACUUCUAAAAUGCACCAUUUUAUCACUUGCUUCUCUGACUUCAAAUAUUCUUAAGUCUCUUCAAACAUGUCCUACAUAUAUGUGCGUUACUUUUCUCUCUUGGAAAGAAAUAUGGAUAAUGUAUGCUGUGUUUUGAAUCAUGUCAACCCAAAAAGGUUUGCUGACGUCUUCACCCCAGGUACUGAUGAAUGUGUGCUUAUUUGGAACCAGGGUGUUUGCAGCUGUAAUUACUUAAGUAAAGAUAACAUCAUUACAGAUCAGAGUGGACCCUAAAACCAUAUG